GCCUUCAUCCCCCAUUUCUUGCCUUGUCUUCCCCAAGAAAAGCCAACACACAAACACAAAAGAAAGAAGGAAUACUCAUCGGCGGUGCGGCGAUGUCGACUGAGGGAGCAAAAGAUUGUGCAGAAGGGUCGUCGAGACAUGGUGGUGGUGGUGAGCAGCAGCAAUCGGCACCUCUGAGUCGGUACGAGUCGCAGAAGAGGAGAGAUUGGAACACCUUCGGUCAGUACUUGAAGAACCAGAGGCCCCCGGUUUCACUCUCCCAGUGCAACUGUAGCCACGUUCUGGACUUCCUCCGGUACCUGGAUCAGUUUGGAAAGACCAAGGUUCACUUACAAGGGUGUGUGUUCUUCGGCCAGCCAGAGCCUCCUGCGCCUUGCACAUGCCCUCUCAGACAAGCUUGGGGAAGCCUCGACGCACUCAUUGGCCGCCUCCGAGCUGCCUACGAAGAGAACGGUGGCUCGCCGGAGACCAACCCUUUUGGAAGUGGUGCAAUCCGUGUUUAUCUGCGUGAGGUAAGAGAGUGCCAGGCCAAGGCGAGGGGAAUCCCCUACAAAAAGAAAAAGAAGAAGAGAAAUCAAAUCAAGCCCAACGACAAUCCCAAGCCCACCACGACGACGACGACGACGAUGCAGUCCUCUUGAUUCCUUUGCCUUCCGCUGCUAGCUCCGAAUGGAUAUCAUGUUACAAGUCAAUCGAAUGGGAGGGAUUGAAAAGGCAAAUGAUCUGAAGUCUUGUAGUUUCUAUUUCAAUUCCUGCUUUUCUCUUCCAAGUAGUUAGAAUCAGGCGCUAGUUAUAAUACCUAUUGUGACAUUCUCUUAUUAGUUAUUCCCAUUUUCACUACGUUUUUGGCCCUUGUAAGCUAUUUUUACAUCUCAACAUCUAUAAGAAAACAAUUAUGUUAUGCUAAUGUAAUACUUGCUUUAUGCAGAAAAAAAAAAACCAAAGAGAUUUUCUCU